AAAUGAAAGUUGAAAUAAGAUUAGUUGGUCCAGUUUUUUCACUUUUGAUUGCAAGAUGAAAAUAUCCUGAACUGGUUUACGGCAUGCCCAUGAUUUUUAUUUUACCUCAAAGUUUUUCUCACAGCAUUAGGAAAGUAGUACCCUAUUAUUCAUUAUGGUGGGCCUACCUAAUUCAGUAGGGAAUCAACCAUAGAGGGAGAUUGUGAAGUGAGAAAACAGAAAGAUAAAAACAAACCACACACUUUCCCUCUUUUCUCUCCUUUUAAGACUCAAAAUUGGGCUGUUUUGCUUUCCCUGUUAUUGCUGCAUCAGAGAUUCUCUCCUCCCCAUUCAAGUCAAAGAAGAAAGAAUAGAGGGAAUUUUUUUUUUAAGAAAAAAGAAAAAGUUGGUAUGAAAUGGGAUGAGAGAGGAAGAACCACAUCUCAUGGCAUAUAUUCCCCCAACAUAACCCCACUCAUGUUUCCUGAUAUGGAGUGAGAUCAUAGAACAACACAACCAACUCCAAGUUAUAAAGAGAACUAUAGCUGGCACAUAUUGAUGCAUAGCUAAAAGGAUCAAAAGACAUAUUUUUCAGUCCUUUGCCAGUAAGUAAGUAGUAACUCCUCCAUAAAUAGCAAAUGGAUCUACAAAACAUGCAAAAUCAGAGCAUGCAUUUUGUGUUGUCCACUGAUGCCAAACCAAGGCUGAAGUGGACUCCUGAACUUCACCAACGGUUCAUUGAGGCCACAAAUCAGCUUGGAGGUGCAGAUACAACUCCAAAGAGUCUUAUGAGGGUGUUGGGGAUUCCAGGACUUACUUUGUACCACCUGAAGAGCCAUUUACAGAAAUAUAGACUUGGGAAAAGCCAACAACUAGAUACCAGCUCUGACAGCAAACAAGAAGAUUACAUAGAAACCAAGAGCAGUGAUGGCCAUUGCAGCAGGGAAAUCAGUCUUGGGGCCCAGAAUCAAAUUACUGAAAACAUGCAGAUAGCUCAGGCCCUCCAAAUGCAAAUGGAAGUACAAAGGAAACUUUAUGAACAAAUUGAGGUGCAGAAACAUUUGAAGCUCCGAAUUGAAGCUCAAGGGAAAUACUUGCAAUCAGUGCUAAAGAAGGCACAGGAAGCACUUGCUGGAUACAAUUCUGCCCCAGUGGGGAUAGAGCUCACAAAAGCUGAACUUUCCCAGCUUGUCACCAUCAUCAACAAUGCUUGUCCAAGCUCUCCCAUCUCAGAACUAACAGAGACAAGAGGGUUGAGUUUAAGCUGUGGGGACAGGAAAAGAGACAGAGGCACUAUGUGUUCACUGGAAAGUUCCUUAACAUCUUCUGAAAGCUCUGGGAGAAAGGAAGAGAAACAGUCAAUGGAAGAGAUAGAGGAGUUCAAAAGCUCCAAUAAUGCUUCAGUUGAAUUGCCGUUGAUGGGCUUUCACACUGAGAAUAAAGCAUCCAACACAGGCUCUAGCAAUGAGGCUAGUGGGAGAAAGAGAAGUGCAGCAACAAAAUCUAAUGAUGGUAAGUGUGCUGUUGAACAACCAUGUGGAAAAAGAAGUGGCAACAAGUUCAGAAAACCAGAAAUGCUUGACUUGAACAGCCAAUGCCAGAUUGACAUCGACUCAACAACUUCAAAAACAUUAGACUUAAAUUGCAGCUUAAACUUUUGGGAACCAUGAAGAUAGUUUUUACAUACUCCCUAAUAUUAUAUAUAUGUAUAUGUAUAUGUAUGUAUGUAUAAUAUAUGCGGCAAAAUCUGUCAUUAAACAAAUCUGUUAAUAUAGUAUGUAUAUCUUUUAUGAUUAUAAUGAAAAGAAAGAAGAAUUUGACUGUA